AGUCGAAGAAGAGGAAGGGCUAUAUUGUGUUACUAUGGCGUUACGGUCACUACCAGCGCGAAACAUGGUGGCUUCAAACGGAACUUCCUGCGUUAAUAACGGCUCGUUUGAAGACCGGUCAGAAAUCCUGGAGUUCCUAGAGCAAUGUCGACUUGAAAGCCGCCAGGAACUAACCAUAGAAGACCUCCGGCGGGGCUUAGCACGUGACCCAUCGAACGAAGUUAUCAGGGAUUUCACCAGGCUAUCCGAAUCAGAAGGCAAAUCCUCAUUCACCUUGGAAGAGUGCUACUGCGUCCUCACCACAAGCGACAUUCUCAGAUACAAUCCUUGGCUGUCCAAGAUCUUGAAGUUUACCAGCUACAUGGUCGUCUCAAAACGGGAUCGUCCAGCUGCCAUUGCACGUUGCCUCGACAGUUACACCAGCUGCAGAAGCGGGUCGUCGAGGGAAAAGCUCCGCUCGCUCCGGAAGCCUCUUCUGCAGCUCCCAACGUUCAUCCUAAUCAUGUCGACUAUUCAGGUGGCGACAUUCACCUACUAUUGUGUUAAUCCGUCCUGCACUAGAAUCACGUACCUGUGUCAGAUCCCCUGUAACAGCUCCAUGAUAUUUGACCCACGUAAGAGGCACGAAGCCUGGAGGUACAUCUCGUACUCUCUUGUUCACGACGGAUUUGUUCAUCUAUUUGGAAAUGUCAUUUUACAGAUAGGAUUCGGGCUCCCGCUGGAGAUUAUCCACGGCUGGUGGAGGAUAGCGGUCAUAUAUCUCUGUGGUCUGCUGUGCGGGCCCCUGAGUCAGUCUUUCAUAAACCCUAACGCAUUCAUCGCUGGAUCGUCCAGCGGAGUUUACUCCUUGCAGACUGCUCACUUGGCGAAUAUUGUGAUCAAUUUUAAAGACAUGGAGUUUGUAUUGCUGAGGCUCGUCAUUUUGUUGCUCGUCUAUGGUCAGGACUUGUAUCGAUACCUCUACGGUGUGCGGGAAUUACAUGGAAGGAGUGUUGGUUAUGUUGGCCAUUACGGUGGAGCUGUUGCAGGACUGUUUGUUGGUGUUCCUGUCCUGAAAGCCUUUCACUACGCGCCAUGGAUGAAGACCGUUGAAUGCGCCAUGUUUGCUAUAUUCUGCGUUUUUGUAACAUCUGCCGUGUUGUGGAAUGUGUUCAGUCCUGAAUACUUUACGAUAGUUCCUACUUGAGCCAUUUAGACGCCUUUUAGGAUUAAAAUAUAUGGCACUUGCAAAGCAGUUGUAGAGUGGUGUGUGUGUUUCCUGAAUGUUCAAUUUUAGGGUGGUAUUCAGGUAUCCAUGGAGUGUCAGGAUGAGUCCUGCGAAGGGGGAACUGUGUGCUGAGAGAUGCUUGACUUAGAGUCGAGAUCAGCUGCCUAUUUGGGCAUUGGGUGCGCUGCACGU